AUGAUCCUUCAGCGCGAGCUCUUUUUAUGCGAUCGUGAGGGAGAAAGAAAACAAAAAACAAAAGAAGAGAAAAGAAGGGAGGGAAGCCAGAAUGAGAACCAUCUCCCGUUCAGCUACUCGGCUUACCCACAGAUGUACUUUCCUGUGGGCCAGCCACAAGUUGUACAGCCUGCUGGGUAUCACGGACACCAGAUGGUUCACACUGGCUACGAUACACGAGGCUGUCCGACUUUCACUUCGAUGCCAAAUCUGGCGAUGCCGACCUCCUACGCUCAGCCGAAUGUGAUGCCGCCUGGCUACCCUCGCUUGUCGACGUCAAUGUCUCAUCCUCACGGAUUGGUGAUGCCGCAUUCUACGCCACCUAAGCAACAUCCGCGUAGCUUGUCUUCGGAAACUGUGGCGAAGAGAAAAGAAACACAGCCACUUCCAGACUGCAUCGUGUCUACGGAUCAGGAAAUGCCGACUGCAAUCGACAUGCAAGAAUUGUGGCGACCUGGGAGAAAAUCAUCGAUGACACGACUGACCAAGUCCUUCCACGAUCUCUCAACGAAAGACAAGGAAUGGGAAGGGUUCCGAUCACCAAGAGGCAGCCACUAUUUUUAG